UGACGCCGCUGCAUGUCAAAUUAGCUGUCUGCAGCCUUUCAGGGACACCUCUUGCAGACCGCCGGAGCCCACAGUGCAAUAAAUAUGGCAGCAGAGCUAUCCACCUCCAUAAACAUCAAAGAGCCCCGGUGGGACCAGAGCACGUUUGUAGGUCGGGCUAAACAUUUCUUCACUGUCACAGACCCCAGGAACAUUCUCCUCACCAACGAACAACUAGCCAAUUCACACAAAGUCAUCACUGACUACAGGAAAGGUAUAAUCUCUCCAGGAUUGACUGAAGAUGAACUGUGGAGAGCCAAAUAUGUUUUUGACUCUGCCUUCCAUCCCGAUACUGGGGAGAAAAUGAUCCUGAUUGGCCGCAUGUCAGCGCAGGUUCCCAUGAACAUGACGAUCACUGGAUGCAUGAUGACAUUUUACAAGACAACUCCAGCUGUGUUGCUCUGGCAGUGGAUCAAUCAGUCGUUCAAUGCAAUAGUGAAUUACACCAACAGGAGCGGCGAUGCUCCACUCACUGUCAGUCAGCUUGGCACAGCGUAUGUGUCUGCCACCACAGGGGCAGUUGCCACCGCUCUAGGACUAAAUGCACUCACAAAGCACAUCUCACCCCUGAUUGGUCGGUUUGUUCCAUUUGCUGCUGUAGCUGCUGCUAACUGUAUCAACAUCCCACUGAUGAGACAAAGAGAACUUAAACACGGCAUUCCCAUCACAGAUGAGAAUGACAACAGGUUAGGAGAGUCGACGAACGCUGCAAAGCAGGCUAUCUCUCAGGUCGUGGUCUCCAGGAUCCUCAUGGCCUCUCCAGGAAUGGCUAUCCCUCCAUUUUUGAUGAACCAUUUGGAAAAGAAGGCUUUUCUGAGGAAGUUCCCAUGGAUGAGUGCACCUAUUCAAGUCGGCCUGGUGGGAUUCUGCCUGGUGUUUGCCACUCCACUGUGCUGCGCAUUGUUCCCUCAGAAGAGCUCUAUAUUAGUCAGCCGCCUGGAGCCCGAGCUGCAGGAGAAAAUCCGGGCCAACAACCCAGGAGUGGAGAGGGUCUACUUCAACAAGGGGCUAUGAGUGUGCAGCCCCCCCAUCCAAACACUGCCAUAGCACAGCUGCAGGCUCAGUCCUCGCCUCUCGGCCAGCCCCUCCUCAUUCAGUGUGCCAAAGUUAAGUUUGUGUCUCCUCAUGUUCAAGAUUCAGAUGGAUAUCUAGGGACUACCUCUCUGUCAGUCUCUUUGUUUGCUUUUGUCAAUGUGAUUGUUGAUUUUAUCGUAACUGCUAUAGAAGAUUUUCUCCGUCUGGGCCGGAUGAAAAGUACAAUGUUUAUCAUGACGUAUGUGUAUA